UGUAGGGAUUUAAAAAUAUUUAAGCCGUAUAAUCACGUUAUUACAAAAUCUACAAUAGAGCCAACGAUCACAAUUUCGGACUUACAUCCGUACACAUUUUAUAGUGCGCAGGUCAUAGCUCUUAACUCACGUCAUUUCAGCACGUACACAGAGACAAUUUUCAACACAACACAAUCUGAGAUACCAUCAGAAAUAUUUAGUCAGUUGAGAGUACAAGACUGGAAAUUGUCAUGGAGUCCGCCCGAAGAUUGUACAACGAUUUCGGGAUCAUUGAAAGCCAGAAUAAAAAUACAGGGCAUUAGUGACGCUGUUAAAGAUUACAAUAUAACCAAACAGACUAACCACAAUUUCCUUGAUUUGAAUGAAUUAAGUCCAAAAUUAAACGGUGUUGAGCGAUACUUGGCAACAGUUUAUGUAAUAAGAAAUUACUCGAGCAACGAAAAUGCUUCCGCUUAUCAAAAAUACGAGUUUGAAACUCCGCCGACAGCACCACCUGAAGUAACCAAUUUAGAGAUCGUGGAAAUUGAUAGAAAUGAAACGCUUCUCAUGAUACACCUGAGAUGGCAAAGUCCACGUCCACCUCUCAAUGGAAAAUUGCGUGAUUAUACUGUCCAGUUAUGCGAAUCACUUUGCACAAAUAUUACAGUUCAACUCAAUGAGUCUUGUAACUUGUGGAACGAUUCUAUUUGCACAAUUGUAAAAAAAUCACCCACCCUUUCUCAAAGAAUUAAGGUUUUCGCGUCCAAUAUAAAUGUUACUGAACCAGGCCCUCCAGUUUUCAUAACUGAUGAUAUGUUAAAUAAUACAACACCGGACCCACCUGCGAAUUCUACUUCUACAAUCAACGAAAACAGUGUCGUUGAUUUAGAAUGGCUUCAUCCUUGGAAAACCGGUGCUCAGCUGAAGUCUUUUCGUAUACAAAUAGAACAAAUCUAUUCAAAUCUUUUUCAAUCCCUAUUGCCGAAGUUCAUUAAUAAAACGUUAGAAUACCCGGUGACACAGUACAUGCCUAACUACAGUCAGCGAUUGUAUUUGUUGCCAGCAACGCACUAUUCCAUUCAUGUUCAAGCUGUAACAAUUGCAAAUACAUUCAGCAACAUAAAGUCUGUGGACGUUCAUACGCCUUCAACCGCAGCUUUUGACGGCGAUCUAGAAGUGAUGAUAGACAAAUCGGAUUACACGAUUUUAUUGAAAAUACCACCUGUCAAAAACGACACACAAUUGAGCAAAAUGCAUAUUAUUAUAGUGAAUCGUAAUAAACCCUGCGAUCAAUAUUUAGAAGUGCCUCAGAAUCUACGAACGCUGGCUAGAGUGAGAACGUAUGAAACCGCCUGGCAAGCUGCUGAAGUUUUGACCAGUGAGUAUGCUGGCAAACAAGAGUUUAGAGUCGGCGACAAUGAAAUUUAUGGCGGUGCGAGAAAUUGUCCAUUAAAAUCUGGAGAGCUUUAUGAAAUAGUGAUUAUCGUAAUCGAACAAAAUUCAGAUUCGUCUACCAAGCCGAUUAUGCUAACAAAAUCAGUCCGCAUCGAUCGAGAUCCGUCGCAUUACUUAGCAUGGCUAAUACCCAUUAUAUUAUUUUUUGUCGUAUCAUGUGCAACUUUUUAUUUCUGUCGAAGGAAUAGACAUCAGAAAGAGAUCAAACGGAAAAUACGAACUGAACACGAAAGUAUGAAGGAGACAAAGUUUAAUGAAGAGGAAAUGAAAUCCCUGAAUUUAGAGGACAAUUUGUCAACUCUUUCUGAUGGACAUACAUUAUCACUAGUAACCACUCCGGAAGUAUCAUCAAUGAUUGUCGUGCAUGACGACGAGAAGGAAGAAAAUGAAAAUAAGUUACCUAAAAGAAACUACACUCAUGUCCAGUGCAAUCCGAAACAGUAUAGAUCAUAUUCAUUGCCUCUCGAAUUUUCCGAUUCUUCGAAAUCGCUACAGAAGACUUCCUGCUUCCGUUCAAACGAAUUUUGAUAAGCAACGUUAUACCCAAAGAAAUAGGACAAAAAAGCAGGAAAAUUAAAUUUUCUCUGAAUAUUUUUCUAACGCGUAUAGCGACAAUCUAACAAACACGACAUGGUCGGCAGUACUUCGACUGCAAUCAAAAAUUAUUGACAAAUAUUGCCUACAUUAACAUUCAUGUUCACCAAAUUGGGAAAUUUAUGAACGUUUGAAAAAAUAACGUAUAAAUACGUAAACUAUAAUCGAGCCAUAUUUGCAGAUAAAAAAAUCCAUUAGUUGCGAGAAGCCGACAUCGGAAAUUGUGAUAAAAAAAUAAAGAAUAUCGAGAAGAUUACUGCGCGUCAAAAAGAAAACGGAUGUUUUGAUUUAUAUAUUAGUGUCGCAAGUUUUAAAUCAAGUUUUAAAUAUCAAUACUAUAUUAGUUUAUUCAAUUAUAUAAUAUACUGAAGUUAGAGAGAAAUAUUCAACACACAUACAAUACAAAUUUAUUAACAUAUUGUG